AUGCACUCUCAGUCGCCCUUGCGUCAUCCUCGUAUACCAGAACAGCAAUCGAUUGGCCAAACAUUGCCACCAGUUCCUGUUGGCAUUGAUACGAGCAACACAUCUCAGCUGCCACCGGGCGCCAUGCCUCACGGAACUCGUGUCCAAGUACAGAAAUAUCAAGUCAUUGUACAUAACUUUAUCGCUGAAGGUGGUUUUGCUCAUGUAUAUUUGGCAAGAAUCGAGGGUAAAUCAGGGUAUGUCGUUCUGAAGCGGGUGGCUGUCCCAGACAAUGAAAGACUCAGAACUGUGGAGAAGGAAAUUGCAUUUAUGAGACGAUUGGGAGAUCAUAAAUAUAUCACUCGUUACUAUGCCUCACGGAUUGAUCCGCUUCCCUCAGGCGGCUUUGAAGCAUUGAUUUUAAUGGAGUACUGCCCGGGUGGUGGUGUCAUUGAUCUUAUGAAUAGACGAUUGCAGCAGCGAUUGACGGAACCUGAAGUGCUGAAGAUAUUUAACGACGUUUGCGAGGCGUUGGCAUAUAUGCAUUACUGUAAUCCACCAGUGCUACAUAGAGAUUUGAAGGUGGAAAAUAUCUUGAUCCUGUCCCAAGACCAUUAUAAACUUUGUGAUUUCGGUUCAGCUGCGUUAUCCAAGGGCAAUUACGUUCCGACCAAUUUGCAGGAGAUCCAAAAAAUCGAAGACGAUAUCCAACGACAUACGACGCUUCAAUACCGGGCACCUGAAAUGAUUGAUAUAUACCAAAGAAAACCAAUUAAUGAGAAGGGAGAUAUUUGGGCACUUGGCGUCCUUUUAUACAAAUUAUGUUAUUAUACCACACCAUUUGAAGAGCAGGGCCAGCUUGCUAUAUUGAACGCACGAUACUCAAUCCCAGCCCAACCUCGCUUUUCUGAUGGUUUGAAACAGCUUAUCGUCUCGUUAUUGCAAGAGCAUCAAACGCAGCGACCAAACAUCUAUCAAGUAUUAAAAGCUGUUUGUAAGCUUCGGGGUGUGGAGUGCCCAAUAAGAAAUGUAAGGUUUUGA